AGUUGCUGUUGGCUUUGGAGCCUUGGAGGGCUUCUUUGCUGUCCUGGGAAAUCGGCAGGAGAUUUGCUUGCGUGAGCCGCGGCAGCUUCCUCAAACCAAACAAAUGUGGGACUAAAAGGAGACCUUCUCUGCAAACGUUUUUACCUCCAUCUAGCUUGGAAGUGGAACCAGCCCUGCUUCAGCCAUCCCUUCUUAGCUUUGGAGGCUCUCCAGGCUGUAGAAGACCCGACUCCUGUUUGACUCGAGACUAUCCAGAUCCAGAACACCUGGAGGAGAGGAGAAGCUGGCUCUUGUGGAGAUGGCUCAAGUGCCAGAAGCCUUUGUGGAGGUGACGGUGUAUUCAGAUGAAGGGCAGUGUUCACUUGCGGGUCGUCGCCAGAGAGCCUUGUACAAGAACGUCAUGCCAGAGAAUGAUGGGACCGUGGCCUCGCUGGGAGGGUUUCCCAUUCAUACAUCUGAGCUGCUUACCCGCCUGAACCGAGGGGAAGAGGCCUGGAUUCCUGAUCUCCAGAGCUCUGAAGAGAGUGCUGAUGAAGGGCCAGUGAAGCCAACACUGAAACACUUGCCAAAGGGUGGGGCAUGGUGGGAUCGGUACAGAAGCCCUAUGAUGUACCCCAGUUCGGACUCCUCAAAUUCAGAUGGUGAACAGGAAAGUGAAGCUGAAGAAGAGAAACCCCGUCGUGGAGGUCACAGGAUAACGAUACUUCACAGAAAUGUAUUAGGCAAUUCUAGAGGGAACAGUUUCCAGAGUCUUAAUCCAAGGGAAGCUUGGAAGAAUGGGCCCCCUUUGAAGAAACACCCACGAAGUCAGACAGGAAGGAUAAAGAGCAAUUUUGCAGAAGUUGGUGACAUCAAUGAGAGCACAACCAAAGAAAAGACUGACAAAAUGAAACAUUGGAACACCUGCCCUGACUGUGGCCAGUUUUUCAAGUCGAAAUUGUCCCUUUCCAAUCAUCAGAGAAUUCAUACUAGAGAGAGACCUUAUCAAUGCUCUGUCUGUGGAGAAAAGUUCAUGGCAAAAAAAGGCCUUGAGAGCCAUCAGAAAAGGCAUGCAGAAGAAAAGGGUUAUAAACAUCCCAACAGCAACAAAAAUGUGACUAACCAUCCAAUGUUCUCCCAAGUAGUCAGGCCCCAUCAGUGUUCUGAGUGUGGGAAGUGCUAUAAGCGAAAGGAUAGCCUUAAGCUACAUCAAAGGAGCCAUACAGCAGAGCGGCCCCAUAAGUGUCCUGAGUGUGGCAAAGACUUUAUUCGAAAGGAACAUCUUGUCAGACACCAAAAAAUCCACAUGAGGCAGAAAACAGAUAAACCACCCAAGGGUGAAGUGAGUGUGGAAACUUCACCUGGAGCUCCUGAAAAGAAGCCCUCUACAGCCUCUGUCUGUGAGAAAACUGUCAUAGUGGAUGGCAGUGCUAUCAGACCCCAGGGAAUCCAGACAAAUCUCUACAAAUGCUGUUUUUGUGGGAAAUGUUUGCAGACCAAAAGUUUGCUUGUCAGUCAUGAGAGAACCCACACAGAAGAGAGGCUUCAUAAAUGUUCAUGGUGCAAGAAAAGCUUCCAUAAUAAAUCUCAGUUGCAGAAUCAUGAGAAGGCCCACACGAGACACAUGGCCUGCAAACAUACCAGGAGGAUGAAAAGACUGAGCACAAGAAAUUCCUCUUCUGAUUCUAGAAGCUUUCGUGUAGCAGAAAAUCCCUUUAAAGGCCCUGUUGUUAGGAAAAUAAUCACUCGCAGCUUUUGCCGUGCGAAUAACCUCCAUAAAUGUCAGUACUGUGAGAAAUGUCUAAGUACAAGGAGUGCUCUCGCUGUUCAUGAAAGAAUCCACAGAAUGGAGAGACCCUAUAAAUGUCACGAGUGUGGGGAAAAUUUCCGUCAAAAUCACCACCUUGUCAGACACCAGGUAACGCAUGCAAGGCAAAAAUCCUUUAAGCAUAUCACACCUAUGAGAAAACUGAGGUUGGAAAGUUCCCUUUCUGUGCCUGACAGAAUCCACACAAGACAGAAGUCUUAUAAAGGCCUCAACCAUGGGGAUGCUGUCUCCCACAAUUCACGCCCCAACAGGCACCGAAACAUUCCUAUAGAAAACAACAUCUUUACAUGUCAGUAUUGUGGUAAAUGCAUGAGAACAAAGUGCUCACUGGUAAGUCAUGAGAGAACCCACAACAAAAACAAACCUUAUCAAUGUUUGGAGUGUGGGAAGAACUUCUCUCAAAAGAAGUAUCUUGGGUGCCACAAGAGAAGCCACAUGGGGAAAAUACUACCUAAAUGCUCUGACUCCAAUCAAAAAAUGACCAUUAAAAAUACUCCCCUUAAGCAUAAGGGUCCUCGCAGAGAAAAACCACCAUACUUAUGCCUUAAAUGUGGGAGAAGUUUUGACGAGAAAUACCGCCUUACCAGACAUGAAAUCACACAUUCAGGAAUAAAACCCUUCCACUGCACCACAUGUGGGAAAGGCUACACCCAGAAGUGGCAUCUGAAGAGACAUGAGAACAUCCACCUGGGGGGGGAAUGCCAUCAACCAUCCUUUGUGGCUGAGGUAAACCAUCCCACAAAUGGCAUCUUCUCUGGGGAGAAGGAGCCAGAGGAUCCACCUGUAAACAUCAAAACACAGUUGACAUCAAGAACAGUCAUAAGGAAUGCUUCACGGAACAUCAAUGAGGAAAGAACAAGGCUUCUAAAGGAAGGAUCUGAGAUGAAAGGUUCCAAGAGGGGAGAGAUGCAUGUUAAAGCACAAGCAGAAUUUCAGAAAAUAUCCAGAAAAUCCAAAGGGAAGGCUCAACAGAACCAUUGGGAUGCAGAAGUCUCUGUCAGCCAGCAAGUGAAAUCUGGGCAAAAGCAGACAAGAAAAGACAACAUCAUUCUGCAUUACAAGCAAGAUCAACGCAUCAAACAGCAGGUCCAGUCAAGAAAGAGUUCCAAAAAGAAACAUGGCCCCCAGAGUUGCAAGAAGGAAACAGCCCGUGUUGGUCAGCAAUUGAGGUCACGGGGAAUAGCGAGAAGGAAAUCUAAGCGAGAGACUCAACUGGCUCACAAGCAGGCCAGAUCUUGCUUCUGUCAACAGGAGGCAGCAGAGAUGACGACAGGGAGAAAGGCUAAAGAUUCCCAGACCUGCAGAAAGGUGAUAGCUUGUAUUGGUCCCCCAAAGAAGCCACAUGCAACUCUUUCCUCCAAAUUGCUUAGAAGUGCCUCAAAGAGGUGUGAGGAAGGAAACUCCUGUUUCGAUCAGCCAGCUUGGAGAAUGUUUUCGGUAGAAUCCAAAAUAGAGGCUACAGGAAGUCCUGCCCAAGGGAGUUUGGCCUGUGCUAAGCAGCAAAUGGAAGUGCUGGGAAAGGAGCAGAAAGGCCACUCUACCUCUUGGAGCUGCAAAACAGAAAAAUGUGCGGCAGUUGAUAUUGCUGAGCAGGCAGAGCUCCAAGCAUCACCACAGACAUCUGAAAGGAACUCUCAGAAAAGCUGCAAAAUGUUGCAAGCGGCAAAUGAACUCAAAAGUGCUUCUCUUAUGAACUUGGCACAUGCUCCAGGGAGUUGCAAGAAGGUAAGAGCCUUCGUCAACCCACAAGAAUUGCAGAGAACAAUAUCGAGAGAUGUCCGAAACAGGGCUCCUAGGAGAAAGGUGGUCGUUGAGCAGAAUGGAUCCAAAGAACUUCAGGCUAAGCAUGUAUGCAUUCAGUGUAAGAAAUCCUUCAGGAGCCGAGGAAACCUUUUGGCACAUGAGCAAAACCACAGAUCAAGCAGACCCUUUCUAUGUGCUGCCUGUGGGAAAGGCUUCUAUGGUAUUGCAAGUCUUACUGUUCACCUGCGAAUUCAUGCAGGGGAGAAGCCUUUCAAAUGCUCGGAGUGUGAUUUUCGCUGCAACGUGAAGUCUAACCUCAAUAAGCACAAGAGAACCCAUGCCCAAAAGGGAGCCUAUCAUUGCCUGCAGUGCAAGAAGAGCUUCUGGUUCAACCACAACCUUAUCAUCCAUUCGAGAAUCCACAACAAAAAGGAGCCUCACAAAUGCUCCGACUGUGGGCGGGUUUUCACCCAGGAAAACUUCCUCAAGCUGCACAGGCACUACAAACACCAUUCAGAAACUUCUGAAUUACCCCCUUCAGGCGAGGAACACCACCUUGCUUCUCCUGCAGAGCUUAGCUCGUGCCAGGAGUCCUAGCAUGGAUGCUUGGUGCCUCAGAGCAGAUCAGUGGGAGCAGCAGGACAGUUGGGUUAUGUUUCAGUGCUCCCCACGACCCUGUCUUGAGACUGGAUACAGCACGUUCCGGGUCUUCCCCUAGCUCAACAACUUUCCCUCCUCUUCCACACAAGUGGAGCCCCAUGAUUGGUCCUUGCAGACCAGCUGGAGCUCUCCCUGCCCCACAGAUCACCCCCUCCUUUGCUCCCAAGGAGAUUCUUGUUGUGUCCAGAGGCUGUGUGGGACCGGUGCUAGUUGCUUCUCCCCAAGAGGACCAGGAAAAUGCCUGGGGCCAUCAUUAAUCUCUCCCCCUCCCACCUUUUAAUGGUAAAAGAUCAACAGUGGUGAGCAAAUGUGGGCCAAGCAAUUUACCCAAGUGAUUUCCUGGAUCUCAAGAUGAGGUGGGAGAGAAGGGGCUAUUGUAUCUUUGGUGUCCCCCACCACUGCUGUGUGGCCUUUCAUUGCCUCUGACAUAUACAAGAAUAUUGGGCUGGUUUGGUAGGUCUCAUAGAAGAGGUCAAAGGAUCUAGGCUCUGCUGGUUAUCAUCUGCAUGCUUUGGCUUGUUCUGAAUGCCUGCAUCCAAGGCAUUCAGAACAGUUUUUGAGAGAGGCUAUGUAACAGGGGUCUCCAAAUGUUGUUGACUACAACUCCCAUAAUCCCCAGCCAAAGGUCAUUGCAGCUGGGGAUCACUGUUCCCUCUGUUGUUGACUACAACUUCCAGAAUCCCCAGCUGCAGUGGCUUUUGCUUGGGGAUUAUGGGAGUUGUAGUCAACAACAUCUGGAAAUCUCUCUUAGAGGGAACACUGCUGGGGAUGGUGGGACUUGGAAAUUCCAAAUGAUGCUGACUACAAGUACCCAGCAGCAAUGACCUUUGGCUAGGGAUUAUGGGAGUUGUAGUCAACAACAUCUGGGAAUCCCUGAUACAGAGAAUACAUCAUAUGUACAGGCAAGUAGUUCUGCUGGGUCAGCUGGAGCACUGCAUGAAUGAAUCUUUAACAUGUAUUGUUUGAGUGUAUUCUCAGACACAGCAGCGGGGAGGGUCACUAAUGUACAUUUUAAAAUGCAACCUGUGAAGCAGGCCUUGGGAGCUACGUGGCUCAAAUCUGCUUGCCACAUUGUGUGACUAUGUUUGCAAGAGCAGGGUUAGUCAAGUAAGAGGUGCUGAGUUCUGCUGGAGAGAAGGUGCAGUAAUCUGAGAAAUCUGUCAGGGCAGCCAGUGGCCACUUGUUACCUGGAGAGUCUGUAAAGAGAAUCUUCUGUGUAGGCUUCAUUGCUGAGAGUGGUUGGACAAGCGUGGAGAGCCAACUGGCCCCUGUGGCUUGCAUGAGUACUUCCCAGUGCAGGGUCUGAUUGUGAAGGAAUCUUGUAGAAGAAUUUACAGCUCUCCAAGUUGUUUUCUUUUUUAGAAGGGGCCACUGAGGAACCAGGAGCUUUCCCAGUCAGACAGGGGCUUUACCUCAAAUCUCUUCCAGGAGGGACAGAGUGAGUGACCCUCCACGGUCAGUUUGUCUUAUACUCCCCCCCUCCAGAACCUGGGUUUUGGUUUGUCCUGGAUUAUCUCCAGGUUAUUUACAUGCUGUUUUGAUAUGCUCAGUGAUGUGCUCUACAGUGCUUGGAGCCUGCCCUGGAGCAAUGAAUCCUGGUGGUUUUAUAGGUCAGCUAGGAAAAGUCACACAUGGACCUUGGUCCUCCAUUGCUGACUACAACUGAUGGAUGUUCCAUGAGUUCAGGAGGCUCCUGUAUGGCAACUCCCCAAUUCACAUCCUGAUUGACUUUAAUGGGACUAAAACAGUUUCAGUCUAACUCCUCAGACUUUAUUUUUAGCUACUCAUUAUUUUUGACUGUUUGUUUGUUAUCAAGCUUUUUGUUUAAGGCUCAGUGCUGAUUUACAUAUGCAGAGAAAUCUCACAGUUUUAACCUUGUUGGGACUGUGCAGAUUCCAGGGACAGCAUUCCAACAAGAGAUUCUCUCACCUGCAGUUUGAUGUUCUUCUGUGGCAGGAAGGCUGCAUCAUAUGACUCUUUUGUACAUAUAGAGCAACCCCUUUGUCUCCAGUUUAGAUAGUGGGAAUAACAGCGUCUGCUCUGUACAAAUAGAUUUUAAUGUGGCUUUUUAAUGUACCAAUUGCCUUGAUUAAAGUUCCUUAGUAGGCCUGUGGUGGUUAUGUCUUAGGCAAAUAUCAUGCUCUGUUCCCUUAGCUUGUUUAAUUUCCCUUUUGAAAAUGAUAAACAUGUUCCAUUGUAUGUUUGACCUAUCAGCCAUGAAUGUGUGUUCUUGUAGAUACCAAGUGUGUAGAAGGUAAUGUUUUUUAAUUUCACCAUUCUCAUUUUAAAUUUUUCUGUAAGAUCUCAUGCCCCCCCCCAAGGGGCUGAGCAACAGCUAGGACACAAAUAGAACUCUUUAAUUAACUUGUUAUUAAACUAUUGGCUUUUAUAUACAUUUUGUUCCAACCCCACUUAGCUACAGGCUUGAAGUAGAGCCCCUUUUAUUGACUCUUAUUGCAUUUCCUUCCCUUCCACUUAUAUGAAUUUCUACUGGGGGGAAAUGUGUGUUUUCCCCUGUUCUAGGGGGGACUUUCUCCCCUCUAUUAAACAGCUUAUGGUGGGGUUUUCUUUCCCCAUAAAUGUCAUAUCUGUAUGUUCUGUAAUGCCUUUUUAUGUAAUAAAAAAUCAACAACCA